CGUCCUCCCAACACCUCCCGCACCCACCCCUCGCGGUGAAAAAAAAAUCAUAAAAAAAAAGAAUAUGACUGCUGACCACACUGCAGACUACCUCUUGAUAUAAAGAGGUUCCUGUCGACUUUCAUGGCUACCCCGGCGCCCUCGCUGGCCCCGGCGCCCUGCCCAGCUCCGUUGGCACCCGCAUUGGCCGCCAAGCCGACCAUCUCACCGUCACCCGGACCGGGCACACCCGGAUCCGUCACCUCCAAAGAAUGGGUGAUUCCCCCUCGUCCCAAGCCCGGUCGCAAGCCGGCCACCGACACGCCUCCUACCAAACGCAAGGCCCAGAAUCGAGCCGCCCAGAGAGCCUUCCGGGAACGCAGGGCAGCUCGCGUCAACGAACUCGAGGACCAGAUCAAGAAGAUCGAGGACGAACAUGAAAUCCACGUGGCCGCAUUCAAGGACCAAAUCUCCAACCUGUCCCACGAGGUCGAACAAUGUCGGAGUGAAAUGGCCUGGUGGCGCGACCGGUGUCAUGCGUUGGAAAAAGAGGUCUCCGUCGAGCGAAGCGCCAAGGAAAGCCUCGUGAAGGAAUUCCGGUCGUCGCUGUCCGAUAAGAAUACCUCUCGCGCGGACAGGUCUCCCUUGACCCGCGUGUCAGCCAGAGCUUCGUCCGCCGCAGCUCGUGUGGCUGUGGAGAGCAGUAUCCAAGAGGAGCGGGAGGAGGUACCCCUGGGCUGCAGCAACUGCUCGUCCGGGCACUGUCAGUGCAUCGAAGACGCCUUUGGGAUGCCCGGUCUCGAGGGUGCCUCGUCACAAUCCAAGCGUCCUGAACGUUCGAGCCAUGCUCGCCCCGAGCCGGAAAUCAAGCCGGAGCCCGAGGAGAUGGAAAUCGACUUCACCACGCGAUUCGCGGCCCCUCACCACAUCCAGGACGAUAGCGUCACUACCGUGUCCUCUCCUGCCGUGGAUCCCUGUGGAUUCUGCACGGACGGCACGCCCUGUAUUUGCGCCGAAAUGGCUGCACAGGAGGAGGAGCGCCGGCGGCGAAGCUCCUUCGAGAACAACCGCCUCGCCCCUAUCCAGAACAUCUCCCAGUUCACGCCGCCCCCCUCGGAUGGAGACGUGCGGUCCGAAGUGACUCUUCCGCCCAUCAGCCAGGCGACGAACCCCUGCGCCAAUGGCCCGGGAACCUGUGCCCAAUGUCUCGCCGAUCCCCGGCGGACCCUUUUUUGCAAGACGCUGGCGGCCUCCCGCUCCGCCAGCGCUGCCUCCUCCGGUUGCUGCGGCGGUAAAGGCGCCGAUGGUGGAUGCUGCAUGUCGCGCAACUCCAACCCUCAGCGUAGCGGGUCAACUCAACAGACUGCCAGCUCGCGUCGCUCGAAUACCCCAUCCCUGACGCUCUCUUGUGCCGACGCCUUUACCACCCUGUCCCGCCACCCGAACUUCUCCCGAGCCAGCGACGACAUCUCCUCGUGGCUUCCCAAGCUUCACACCCUCCCGGACCCCAACUCGAGUCCGAGGGAAGUCGUGCAGCCCGGCUCACGAGCAGCAUUAGAGGUCGAAGCCGCCAGCGUCAUGGGUGUGCUGCGCUACUUUGAUCGGAGAUUCGCCGACAAAUAGGCCUUCUCUGCAUCUUUUUUUCUUUUCUUCUCAUCCUCAUUUUUGAUCUCUUUUUUGUCUUUGUUCUCAUGAUACCCAAACCUGACUCAUGGCACGUCUGAGUUUGUAUUAUACACCAACCCACCCCACCCCAACCUUACCGACCCCGACCCAAUGGAGAAAGCUCACCCCUCCAUAAUACCUCCUUCCCUCCCCAUCACCUCCCGGGGACCCUCUUCAACCCGUUCACGCCAUCCCGUCCACCAAGCAGGAUGUGCAAAAAGAAUGACCCCACCAUUAAAGAAAACAAAAGCAAAGCAAUGCAAAAACUCAACGACCUACCACUACAGCCAGAAAUGUCUAGAAACGGAGAUGGGAUAUUUAAUCUUCCCACCCAACGACCUUUAGACGGGUGAAAUGAAACGAUCCGGCGUUAUCUUCCAUCUUGCAUUUAUCUUGUUCCUUUUAUCUAUCUAUUUAUUUAUCUAUGGGAUGAAUCUCGGAUUUA